UGUCAGAGAAGUGGAAUACCGAGGAUAUAAUGAAGUUUUUGGAUAAAUACGAGGAAUUUAAAUGUUUGGAAUAUAUGAAUCGUAAUAAGCGGGAUGUAGCUCUUCAAGAAAUAAGAGAUGCUCUUAUUUAAUUGGAAGUAAACAUUCCUAACCUUGAUUUUUUAAGAAAGAAAAUCAAAACUCUGAAGUGUGUUUAGGCAAGAGUUAAUAAUAGUGGAAAAAUCUAAGAAAAGUGAAGCAGGAGUAGAGGAUAUUCAUCAUCCUCGACUGUCUUGGUUUAAGAGAGCCGAUUCAUUCUUUUACGGGAUGUAACAAUAAGCCGAGCCUCAUCAACAAAUUUGGUUCAUCUAACAUGGUUGAAGUAAACAAUGAUCCGUGUGCCAAUGGCAUUUCUGUUGAAAAAUUUUUCAUGAAUGAAAUAACCGAUGAUAUGAUGGGAAACAAAAAGUGUCAAUUAAUACCAGCUUAUAAGUUACACAAAGUUAUUGGAUACAGUUUAGUAAAAGACAAAGAAAAUGUUGCUGUUUCCAUCUGGCCGGAGACCAAACAAAAACGUAGCAUAAAUGCUAAGCCUGCAAAUAAUAAAACUAACAGACAGGUGUUGCAGGUAAAGAAUAACAAUGCUGUAAUAUCGUCCAAUAAGAAUGCAUUAAGUAAGACUUCUACAAAGCAGCAAAAAAGAAAGAGGAGUUUGAAUAGUGAGCCAGAAAAUGAAAAUUCCCAACCAUCCAAGGUAAGGAAAUUGAAAGCUGGGAAAACUGACACUAAAGUUAUACAUAAAAAUGGUCCUAAUGCUGGUAGAGGAAAGGAAGAUAAAAAUGAAGACACCAAAUCAUUAGCAAAUAAGCGCAGCCAAAGAGCUAGUUCAAAGAGCGCUGGCAGUACUCAUCAGGAAAUAAAGUCACCUGAAAGAUGUAGGAAACGAGGUUGUAAGCCCAAGACAGUAAAUAGAGAAAAUACUGACCACCCUAAAGUGGUUGAAGAGGGAGAUAAAAUGUUAAGGGUCAUUGAUGAAAAUUGUAACUUAUCCAUGAUUCUGAGGCGUAGACAAUCCAAACCUCAUCUGUGGCGUUUAUGUUGUUCUGACAGUGAAGAUGAAUCUUGGAGUCCUAAUUUUGGAAAAAAAGGAAAAAAAAAAGCUAAAAGGGGUGGUGAGAAACGUGCAAAAGAACCUGCAAAGGAAAAAAAGCCUGUAAAAAACCAAUGUUCCUCAAAAACAAAUAAAGAUAUAAAAAGUAAUGAUAAGGUAAGAAUGGAGCAGACUGGAAAAAGGACCAGCAAACCCAAGAAAAAUCAAGAGAACCUUCAAGAAAAGAAGAUUCAUGGAGCACAGCAUAAAUCAGUACAAAAAAAGGAAGUAGUACACAAAAAGCCAGAAGAAUGCGAGAUAACAGCCAAAAGAGGAACGUUAAAAUACUUGAAGCAGAGAAAAGAGUAUGUCAAAGCCCUUGCAAAAGAAGCAGAGUGUGAAGAUGACUUCUUUGCAGAAAAGGACUUUGAUAAACACAUGCAGAUUGGGAAACUGCUAUCAUUGGAUAAUUUUUCAAAUUUAACUAUUAAAACCCCUAACAACAAGGGCAACUCACCAGAUGAUGGUGCUUUAACUCCACGUACUAAUUUGCUUGGACAGUGGGGUGUUAACAAGGAAUGUUUUUUGGCAUAUACACCUCCUGCACAGAGUCCAGAGGUACUAGAUGAAACUGAAAAAGAGGGAGUUAUUGAAACCAUAUUUCAUCAGCUGAGGGAUCAGAAGAAACGCUCUCAAGUGAGAAAAUCUACUGAAAAAAAACCAUAUGAGUCAGUGCUUAUGAAUCCUCACAAAACUUCAGCUUUAGAAUUACCAGAACUUCCAACUGAUCCUGACCUAGAUAAGGAUGAAUCUGGUAGUGAUGACUACUUUGAAGUGAGUGAGUGCUAUUAAAAAAUAUAUACUCUUUUACCAUUUGAGCCUCCUAGUAUAAUGCAAAAAUUUGUUUAUCUUUAUUAAAAACUGGUGGUUUAAUGUAUAUAAAGAUUGCUUUCAUUAUAAAACAAAAUCUUCAUUUUGUCUUGCUUUCAACACAAAAUAAAUGCUGCAUUUUGUCAUUAUGUAAGGUUCCAGUGAGUAAAGUUUGUUAAUAUGAAUUUAUGUAUAUAAAAGGUGCAGGAACUUUUUGAUCAGUAGACCUUUUCAUAAGAUUCUGUAAAAUAAAAUGUGUAACCAAGAUCAGAAAGGAAACAGUUAUUUGUCUACCCCCCAAUUAACUCAUAAGAAAGAGACCACCCAUCCAUCCAUCCAUCCAUCCAUCCUGCCUACUAUAUAACUCAUACUGUAGAUUGCUGAAAUGGUACUGUGGAUUGUAAAUCUUCUAUUUCUAAUGAUUUCUUUGGGGUGUUAACAUGUCUUCUUAGAAAAUGAGCUAUUUGAGUUGGUGUGACUGGUUAUUGUAAAAUGUAUACCUGUUCUGAUCAUUGGACAUUUGUGUACAUGUAAAAUUGUUAAAAAUUUCCAACUCUAGUUGUGUUGUGUAAAAGGGAGGAAAACUGGUCAGUAGGCAUAGUGCAGAAGGAAUAGAAAUGGGAUUUGAGUCAGAAAAGUGGUAAUGAAAAAUUUUUGAUUGAAAUCCUUAACAUUAUAAAAAUAUAAAAAGCUUAAUAAUUCUAGUUUUUGGUUUUUACUUCACAACUAAUAUCUUCCCCGUAAUUCUGUGAUUUGGUUGCCAUUUGUGCUUUUUAUUAUAAAAAUAUUAAAAACUUAUUAAAUCUAGUUUUUGGAUUUUACUUCACAACUAAUAUCUUCCCUGUAAUUCUGUGAUUUGGUUGCCAUUUAUGAUUUGUAUCAGAAAACUAUCUUGUGUCUAGUGACAAUUUCCAAAAUUCUGUCUGGAAAUCAUAUUACAGCAAAAUACAAACUUUUAGCCAGCUAAAGCUAAAACAUUUCGAAAUUAUGGAUGGAAUUAAACCACAGAAUUUACUGGGAAAAAUGAACAAUGUAUAUAUGUUAAAAAAUAUAAUUAUUUCAAGAAAAACAAACAAAUACAAAUUUAAAAGGAAAUAUAUCUUGACAAUUAUUUAGGAUUUAUUUUGCAUCACUGUGACUGCCAAAUCAACUCAUUUCCUACUGCAUGGGUUUUGUGAAGAGUUUUUAUUCAAUUCAAAUUCAUGAGGAAGGCUCCACCAUAUUAUUACUUAUAUAUGUAUGUAAUUUUUUUAUAGUAAUUAGUUUUUUAUAUUUUUUAUAUAGUAAUUAGUUUUAUGUGAAAUGAAUGGUUAUUUUUUUUAAAUACAAACUUCCCUGUAUUUUGUAUGUCACAAUGAUUGUUACUCUUAGAGAUGUUUUUUUUGUACAGCCAAUCUUAUAGCAAUUGCUAUAAGAUGUUCUCUUAUGUUUGAGUUGCAAAACAUUUCCCAUGACUAAGGCUUUUAUUAGAAGCAGCUUAAGAUGAUAGCAUAUUGUAUAUCAAUGUAAUGAAUGUCAUUAUUAUAACAGAAGGAAGUGUAAAACAGGUAUAAAAAAUACAAAAAGUGAAACAAAUUCUGUGCAGUUGAUAAAAAAUACAACUCAUCUGUAAAAAAAAAAUUAGGCCAUUAGCAAAAAGUUGCUGUUGGAGGGAAGAGAUGACUGAAAAUUGUUGUCUGUUUUCGAAAGUCUCUAGGACUCAUUAGCUUGUGGAUGUCAUUACAGUCCAUGGUUCCAAGAACCUAAUGUACACACACAAGGCUCGUAAAUGACUUUCUUUUCAUCAUUGCAUAUACUAUAUAAUGUAUUUUACAUAACAGGAUGAGUGUAUGGUAAUACUGAACUCUUUCAACAUUGAAGCAUUUUUACAUAAAUAUAGUAUUUAGAUUAUGAAAAUAUUUUAUAUUUAAUAUAGUUUUGUACUAAAUUUUCCAUUUGAAGUUAUGUUGACACUUGACUGUGUUAAUAAAGUACAUUGCAGACUGGAA